GGUGUUUUCUUGUGCUCGUUCGAACCUUUCACAAGUCUUGAUUUUUGUGCAUGGUAUUCGCGAUUUGUUAAAAUUUAUGCACAAAGCACGCUUAACAAUAGCAACAAUAUAAGUUUUAGAUUCGUUAAACAAAACAAGAAAUAUUCAACCGGUUCUACAGGCUGAUACGAUUAUUUCAAAACAGAAUUCGUGCUCAACGCUUUAGCAGCAAGCAAUAAACAAACACAAACCAAGAGCUGCUGCCAACUCAAACACUCGCAAUGGGCACCAAAAUCGAAUACGUCGAUACGACGCAUCUAUACGCUUCCAAAUACAUACGCAACUCGAAGGCAAUCGGCGUACUCUGGGCCAUAUUCACAAUUUGCUAUGCAAUCAUUGGCAUUGUGGCAUUUGUAACACCAGAAUGGAUUGGCGAUCCGGAUAGCGAUAGUGCUGGUCGCCUGGGUCUCUGGCAGCAAUGUCAGCGCGAUGAGAUCUUUGACAAUUGCCGACGUCGCUGGGAGAAUAUCUUUGCAGUGCCCACGUUUUCAUUUCAGCUAGCCACAUUCUUCAUGAUCGCUGCCGUUGGCUUGGCCUUGCUGACCAUAUUCUUUUUGGUCUGUUUGCUGUUCAUGAAGUCGACGCGAGUUUUCCACAUUUGCGGCUGGAUGCAAAUUAUAUCAGCACUGUGCAUGAUUGUGGCCUGUGCUGCCUUUCCCUUUGGCUGGAAUUCAGAUGAUUUUCGGAAGAUUUGUGGCCCCGAGGCGAAUCGAUUUGAGUUGGGUCUCUGCAGCAUUCGUUGGGCUUAUCCAUUGGCCAUUAUUGGCUGCGUUGAUGGCGUCGUUUUAGCCACGUUAGCCUUCAUUCUCGCCACGCGACAUGUGCGCCUGCAGCCGGAUCCAAUUUAUCAGAAUUCGCUCUACAAAGGUGAAAUUAAUAAUGCGUAUCUGACGGAUGCCAUUAGUUUGGCAGGCUCACGCAAAUCGAAUCCACACAUAACGGGCCUGAAUUUACAACCCAUAUUGCUGGUGGCGCCACCCAAUGAGGACAGCAUUUCGCAGUUUUCACGCUAUCACUGAGGAAUUUGCCGUUUUCCUGCCGCGGAUGCAUUUCAAAUAUUUAACGGAUACAAAAACAGUCAGGCACUUGGGUCGUUGUACCUGCUAAGCGGAGCUGAACGAAACAUUAACCGAUUCGCAACACAAACCACACUGUUGUGAAAAGCUGAAGUGUACGUUAUGCCAACCGUUCCAGCUGGAGUGUGGGUUAUGCUUAGCUAGUACGCAAACCUAUCGGCUGGAACUACGCUAAGUGCUCGUGAAAGUUUCGUUAAGAUUUGAAUUUGCUUUUUGGCUGUUAGAAAUUGAAACGUUUGUCUUGAAUCUGUGUGUGAGUGCUGGUGUGCGUGUGUGUAUGUGUGUGUGUGAUUGCUCGAUGACUGAAUGCUAAUACUAAACAUAAGUUUUAACUAAUUUAAAUAUAUAUAUAUAAAUAUUUAUAUAUAUAUUUGUGUAUAGCUUGUGCCUAAAUUCAUACGUUUAGUGUAUAGGAAAAUAACGCUGCCUGUAAAUUAUAUGCCCGUAAAUAUAAACAAUAAUGUAC